AUGAGUUCCUACCAGCAGAAGCAGCCCCUUGUUCCACCCCCUCAGCCUCAAGACCACCAGAGGAAACAGCCCUCCCAGCCUCUACCAAAAGUGCCCUUUGUGCCCGUCACCACAGAACCAUGCCACCCAAAUGUUCCCCAACCUGGGAAUGCCAAAGUUCCUGAGCCGGGUUCUAGCAAGGUCCCUGAGAAGGGAUACACUGUAGUCCUUGAGCCUGGCAGCACUGUGGUCCCUGGAUCAUGCACUACCAGUGUCCCUGAGCCUGGCUAUGCCACGGUUACUGGGCCAUGCAAUACCAAUAUCCCUGUGGCAGGCUGCACCACAGUCCCAGGGCCAUGCAGUACCAGUGUCCCUGAGCCUGGCUAUGCCACAGCUACUGGGCCAUGCAAUACCAGCAUCCUGGAGCCUGGCUAUGCCACAGUUACCGGGCCAUGCAAUACCAGUGUCACUGGGCCAUGCAAUACCAGCGUCCCUGUGGCUGGCUGUACCACAGUCCUGGAGCCAGGCUAUGGAAAGAUCCCUGAGCCAGGCUACAGCAAGGUACCAGAGGCAGGCCAGUCCAAGGUUCCUCAGGUCUUCCCCUCAGGAGUCACUCCAAGCCCAGCCCAGCCGAAGACCAAGCAGAAGUAA